CGAACUUUGAAGGCCAUUUUGCCGAAAGUAACAACGAUUACUCGAUUCAAAUCGUCACAGCUGAACUCUCCUCCAAAACAAAAGACAUCCUCUUAUACGGGCAUAAGCGACGCUUAAACAUUUGCUUAUAGGUUAGAUUCCCUUGUUUUCUGAUCGGGUUUAUCCAGCGCUUUGCUCAUGUCGGAAUGAGAAUGUUCAGCUUUUGAAGCAACAGAAGAAGUGCAAAGAGAUCCAGCGCAAUGGCUUCCUCUGCCGCAGUUGCCAGCGUUGGUGCCUCCUCGAGCCUGGGACUGUCUGCAAGGGGGUCUGUCAGGUCUGCCAGCAGGGCCAAUGUCGCCGUCACUCCGUCGCGGUCAUUCAGCAGGAGGGCCAAUGCACCUGCCAGGCAGACCGCGGCAGUCGGUGCAUUCUCCAGCGAGAUGCACAGCGCUGCUAGGCAGGUGUCCGAGGGCUUCUUCGGAGUGAAUGCUGUUGCCAGAGCCGCUGCUGCUCAGGGGCCUAAGGCCAGCAGGAGACCGAUCAGGGCGCUUGUUGUGUGCAAAGUUGGGGAGAAGACUGUUGUCAUCGGACUUGCUGCUGACUCCGGUUGCGGGAAGAGUACCUUCAUGAGGAGGCUUACGAGCGUUUUCGGAGGGGCUGCGUCACCCCCUAAGGGUGGCAACCCCGAUUCUAACACACUCAUCUCAGACACGACCACUGUGAUCUGCCUCGAUGAUUACCAUUCCUUGGACAGGGGGGGCAGGAAGAGAGAGAAGGUGACGGCCUUGGAUCCUAAGGCACAGAACUUUGACCUGAUGUAUGAGCAGGUCAAGGCACUGAAAGAGGGCAAGGCAGUUGACAAGCCGAUUUACAACCACGUCACUGGUCUCCUGGACCCCCCAGAGAGGAUUGAGUCCCCUGAUAUCCUUGUCAUCGAGGGUCUCCACCCAAUGUUCGAUGACCGGGUCCGUGAGUUGCUCGACUUCACCGUAUAUCUGGACAUCAGCGAUGAGGUCAAGUUUGCCUGGAAGAUUCAGCGUGACAUGGCUGAGCGCGGCCACAGCUUGGAGAGCAUCAAGGCCAGCAUUGAGUCCAGAAAACCUGACUUCGAUGCAUUCAUUGACCCCCAGAAGGAGAAGGCGGACAUUGUGAUCCAGGUCCUGCCGACCCAGCUCAUUCCCGACGACAACGAGGGCAAGGUGCUGCGCGUGAGGAUGAUCCAGAAGGAGGGCGUGGAGGGCUUCGACCCCGUGUACCUGUAUGACGAGGGGUCGACCAUCUCUUGGAUUCCUUGCGGCAGGAAGCUCACGUGCUCAUACCCGGGCAUCAAGUUCUUCUACGGGCCCGACACGUACUACGGUAACGAGGUGUCCGUCCUGGAGAUGGAUGGGCAGUUCGAUAAGCUGGAGGAGCUGAUCUACGUCGAGAGCCACUUGAGCAACACAUCCUCAAAGUUCUACGGGGAGAUCACGCAGCAGAUGCUCAGGCAUGCGGACUUCCCUGGGUCUAACAACGGCACCGGCCUCUUCCAAACCAUCGUUGGGUUGAAGAUUAGGGAAGCGUACGAGAAGCUCGCAAAGAAGGCCGUGGCUGUCACCGUAUAAGUUCGGUACUUAGUUGUGCUUAUAACUCUGAGUUGCCCCGUUGCUGACGGGUUGACGAUUUCCACCUUGUGGAGAAGAUCUGGGUCGAUCUGCGUUGAUAGUGCAAUCACAGCAAGUCUUUCUGACUUCUACCGUAGAUUGCAUUAGGUCGAUUGCAAAUGAAGCCGAAGUUUUGCUCGGCGGCAGACUAUUUGUCACGAAACCUUGCGUUUGUAUGUUCAGUCCACGCUUGACAUGGGAACGUUGUGAGCGGCUACUAUGAAGGGGAUUUACGACAAGCUGCA